CGCAGUCACCCAGAUGGUUUCCGACAUUUGACAAGACAACAACUAAAGAAGACGACCAGACCGAACCUCACCAUCAGCAUCAUGAAGAUGCUCUUGUACCUGACAGCGGCCAUCGCUGUCUGCGCCGCCCAGAAUCUUGGUCACAUCGAGAACUUGAAGGCAAAGAGUGGUGACGAGUCAGUAACACUUGAGUGGGACUUCGUGAAGGGAGAUGCCGCUUACCGACUCCACAAAUAUACUCUCGUUACUGAUAAUGACUUUUCCGAGGAUAUUCGCUGUCCUGCUGAUCACUGUGUACAUACCGUCGACUACCUUGAGGCUUGUAAGGAACACACCUUCGACCUCACCCCUUACUUUGAUGACACAAUAAACAGCGGGACAGUUGACGGUGACACGGCCGCCACCACAGGAUACACCUACGACAAGCCCCCGAACUCUCCUAGCAACCUGAGGAUCGUCUCGGAGGAGGAAUUGGGUACAACACUUCAGUGGGACGCCCCCACCAAGAACACAGUAUGUGUCAAGUCCUACAAGGUGUGCUUCAGGCUGGAUGCAGACCCGAACCCCACCUGUGACACGACGGAGGACACAACAGUGCUCUUGCCUGGUCUACAAGCCUGCGGCAAAUACCACGUGUCUGUGACGCCCGUGACACCUACUAAUGCAGAGGGACCAAAGCUGGAGCAGGACGUUACCACUGGGGAUGGAGUUCCCGGGCCGCCCCAAGGCGUGGUAGUGGGAGUCACCACCGACAGCACUAUCGAGCUGAAAUGGAACGACCCUGCCAUCAACCCUCUCUGUGUUCAGGAUUACUCCAUCACAUAUGGUGAAGUUGUGUCAGACUCCCGCCAAGUGCUGGCUUCCAUAUUGAAUAUUAAUAUUGAGGGUGAUGAACACUUUGACCGUCACGCUAACAUUGGGCCUCUCUUAGCCUGCACCAACUACACCAUUGAGAUCAAAUCCAUCAACAAAGCCGGCACCGAGAGCACACCUGUCCUCAAGAACGCCGCCACUAAUGAGACUGAUCCCUUGCCGCCUCCCUUUAUCGUGGUGGAUCCAAGCAGCCCGGACACCAUCGACGUGCGCUGGGGUAAGAACGAGGGUGACCGCUGCGUCGGACAUUAUGUUAUCUGCUGGAACGACGGCAUCCAUCCCGCUGAUCAGUGUGAAGAUGCGUUUGGAGGCAACAUCACCAUCACCGAUCUCCUCGCCUGUACUCACUACGACGUCACCAUCGAGGUGGUGACUCCUGGAGGCAUCCACAGUAAGGACGUCACCAACUCUACCUAUACUUUUGACAUCGCUCCCGGCGCCGUUAGCGACUUACAAGUGACCGAUGUUCAUAAGAAUGAACUCACCAUAUCCUUCGACCCUCCCACCGUCAACGGUCAGUGUGUCAAGGAGUACGAUAUCCACGUCAUCGACCUGGACUCGCAGGUGACGAUGACCCGACUUGGAGGCCCGGAAACCAUCGAGAACUUCAUCACGGGUCUCCACUCCUGCACUAACUAUGAAAUCAAGGUUCGCUCCGUCUCUUCGACAGAAAAGGCGUCCGAGUGGUUGACAGUCCAGAACAGAACCCAGGAUGAUAUUCCCUCUAAACCCCAACAGCUCGGGAUGUACGACUCGACAUCCUCCUCGAUCUCGCUUGAGUGGUACAAACCUUCUUUGAACCCCAACUGCGCUUCUAAAUAUACACUAACAUGGCAAGACUCUCAGGGACACUCCGCUCAUGUGACGGUUAAUGAUCAAGGAACCUUCAAGCAGAGGUACACAGUUAAUGGUCUCAAAACCUGUGAAACUUACACAUUCAACCUAUUGGCCGAGUCUAGUGCCGGCAAAAGUAACCCCGCCCGCUACAAGCAGAGUACACUCUGCUAGUUAUGGUGCCGAGGCUCAUGUUAGGUCUGUCGGCACCACCCGCCACCAAGACGACCGCUUCUUGUGCCAGCUAACAGGUCAAAUGGGCUCUAGUCGUAAUAAACUUCAGUCUUAAUGGCCUCAGUCAUAUUGGUUAAGUUAGGUUAGGUUUGAUUUAGGUUCAUGUGGAGCAUCAACAUUUUGCCACACCCGAGUCCACUUCAUGCUUAAUUCUCACACACAUCUACGCGGUUCUCAGACAUAUGGAGUUCGCGCUGUUAUGGUUCACUUGUCCAAGGUCACCACACAGUGAUGAAUUUAUGUCACUGGCGUGUUAAAGAACUCACCAAGAUGUCGCACCAUUGUUACUGAAGGUCACAAGAACUCACUGUAAAAAAUUAUAUUAAGGUGUUUAAUUAUGUCCUCUUAAACUUGAGACUUAUGACAUGUUUAGGUUUUAAGAAAUAAUAUAUAACUCAUUGGCUUUAGUUGCCACAAAUGAAUACUAACAUUAAAUUACAAAAACAUAUUGAUUUUGUUUUUACUGGUAUUAUGUGUUGCUUUGUUUAAACAAAGAUGACCAAACGUU